UCAGGAUUUGUAACUCCGGCCUAAAUAAAUAGAGGAGCCGUUGUCACAGACCCGAUAAGAUCAAACUGAUCAGCCUAGGCGUUCCGAAAUCAAUCAAGGCCAGUUGCUCAUCCGAUCAGCCAUGAAGAACAAAAGCGGUCGCCGAAGACGCAAUCAAAAUGCGCACCAAAAAACAACUCGAAACAAAGCCGCUGCUGGCGAUGGGAACGAAGACAUGCUUAGCAAGCUGCCCAACGACCUUUUGCUCAACAUUCUGGAGAGGGUGGACACGCUAGACGCGAUAAGGACCUGUGUCCUAUCCAAGCAAAUGCUGAAGCUCCCCACCAUGUUCUCGCGGUUCUUCCUAAGUGUCAGUUCCGUUCCAGCCUACCAUGACAAAGCUCGUGUGUCCAGCCUCAGCGUCAGCGACAUGCUCCGAACCAACAGUGCUCUGGCUCAUGUAACGGAUAACUUCUUGAGCACAAGGAGCACGGAGGUCGCCAUCUGCAAACUCAAAAUCAGAUUCAUUCUGAUGCAGCGUGACUCCUUAGUCAUUGGCAACUCUGUUGCCCGCGCCAUGGCAACCCAGAAGGUUGAUGCAACCGAGUUUGAGAUUGUGACAGAGAAGGCUUACAAGAUCUGCUCUUCUGAUGAUCUCCUCCAGUACGGGAAGCAAUUCAAUGAUUUUAUCGGUGCUUGUCCGGAUGCAUUUGCCGGCCUUAGGUGCCUCUGGCUGCGCAAUAUGAGGUUUGGUGAACUAGACAUCCCCAACAUCCUGAGCACCUGCAAGCUCUUGGAGUCUUUGCGCUUAACCCAUUGCGACUCAGGGAUCCAUUCCGUGGUGCAAGUAGAGCAUGCUCGACUUAUUGAGCUCGAGGUUGACAAUGGGAAAUUUGAGAGAGUUGAGCUCACAUGUCUGCCAAAACUCGAACAAGUGACCUAUAAUAAUUGGUUCUCUUAUGAAGAUCCCAUGUAUUUUGGUUUUGUGCCACAACUUUCAAAGCUGAGCCUUAUUAAAACUGGCUCCCGUUUGCAAAAGACCCUUGAGUUAAGUCAGUUCCUUGUUAAUGUUCCUUCCAUAAGCGAUCUCCAUCUGGAUUUUAGAAGUGAAAAUAUUUGGGUUAUCCCAGAAAGCCCGGAACUGCUCACCCCUGUGCUCAGCAAACUACAGCUUGUGAAUCUGGAUCAUCUUCCCGAAGGAUGUGAUUUAGCUUGGACAAUGUUUAUUCUUGAAGCUGCACCCUCCCUAAAAGAGCUGUGCAUCACAGUAUGGGAUCGUUGCUGCAUAAUGUUCACAGGCACAGAGUUCCGGAAGGAAAAUGGUUUGUGCGACAAGGCAGACGUGAAGUGGAAGCCAUAUGCCCCUGGUUUCAAGCACAAGAAUCUGGUUAAGCUCGCCAUCUAUGGCUUUCAGCCCGACGACAACUUUGUGCGAUACAUCAGGUGUCUCGCGGAAGCUGCGGUUAAUAUGGCAGAGAUAUCUCUGCAUGACCGGAAGGUGUGUGGGCGCUGUGGUGACUUGGAUCUUGAGGUCCAGGUCAAGGUUUGUCCAUCGAGAUAUCCGCGGACCGCUGAGGAGAAGAGCCAGGUAACUGAGGUGUUGGGUUUGGCUUCGCGGGCUGUAGUUCACUUCCGGUCCUAAUUGAAAAAUGAUUUACUAUGAAGAAACCUUCAGUUGAAGCUUGUACCAAGUGUCUAAGACUCAAGUUGCGAAAUCUGUACUCUUGCUUUCCCUUCAGUUGAAGCUUGUACUAUUGCCUA